GUUGUUCGAGUGCAUACUUAUUAGUCAAUUUUUAACAAAAUUGUUAGUAUAAAUAUAAUAACUGCUCAAAUAAACAGUAUUACUUUAUAUUGUAUUAUUUCUAAAAAAUCUCAAUAACAACAAUGGAAAAUUAUAACGGAAAAGUUGCAGUGGUAACUGGCUCAAGUGCCGGAAUCGGUGCAGCAAUAUCUAAAGCAUUAGUUAAACGUGGAAUGAAAGUUGUUGGUCUUGCAAGACGUGUAGAAAAACUUGAAGAAUUAAAAAAACAAGUUUCAAAAGAACCUGGACAAUUUUAUGGUGUAAAAUGUGAUAUUCAAAAUGAAAAAGAUAUUAUUGGUGCUUUUGAAUGGGUUGAAAAAAAUUUGGGCGGUGUUGACGUUUUGAUUAAUAAUGCUGGUUUAAUGAAAGAUACAAAUUUAACGGAAGGUGAUACCGAAAAAUGGAGAACGGUCUUUGAUACGAAUGUGGUUGGUUUAUGUAUCGCUACUCGUGAAGCUGUUAAAUCUAUGAAGAAACGUAAUGUUCCAGGGCACGUAAUUCAUAUUAAUAGUCUUUCGGGGCAUCGUGUAUAUCCAGGAAUGGCUCAUAUGUCAAAUGUAUAUUCUGCUUCGAAAUUUGCUGUCCGUGCAUUAGCAGAAACACUCCGAUUAGAAUUGGAACAUCAUAAAUUAAAAAUUAAAGUUUCAAAUAUUAGUCCUGGAUAUGUGAAAACGGAAUUUUUUAGUGCCAGUGGAUACGCUGUGCCUGAAGCUUUUAAUGAUAUGGCACACUUAAAUCCAGAAGAUCUUGCUGAUGCAGUAAUUUAUGCAUUAAGUGCACCAUCUAAUGUUAAUGUGUCGGAAAUCACUUUACACCCAAUAUAAUUUAUCGAAAUUAUAGUAAAAUUCCAACUCAAUUUGCUAUUUUCAAAACAAGUGUAUACAUUUAAAAGAAAAACUAUGGAAUUGUCGAUUUCCAUGUUUUCAUCGUAAAUAAAUAAAUAUCAGAGCGA